ACUUUUUAAAAAAAUUAAAAAAUAUUGGCCAACCAGUUAAUAACAUCCAGCAAAAUCAUCGAAACUUAUUCGGAAAUUGGGCAAACAUUAACUUUUAUAUUCGGCCAAAAAACUCAAGAAACGGUUCAUUAUCUGAAAAAAAAAAUUUUAUUAUAAAUGAACCUAAUAUUAUAUCACAGCCAAAUGAAAUAUUAACGAACUCAGUUUCGAAUGAUGGUUUUGAUGAUCAUGACGAAGUAGUGGAAAAUAGAUAUCGGGAAGUAGAACUGUCUUCGGAAGAUUGUGUCAUUGAUGAUGUGGACGCACACAUUGAUUUCAUGUCUAAAUUGGCUGAUUGGGCUAUUAAAUUUACAAUGGGAUCCGGUUCAUGCUGGAACUAUGGCAUUGAAAACUGUUUGCGCAUUGCAUUUCGUCAAUUAAAUCAAACAAUGCAUGCUCUUCUAAAUUUCAAUCUUGACGGAUUACCUCUCUUUCGAAGUAGUAAAUUCCAAUUUUGGCCAAUUUUAAUGAUUAUAGCCAAUAUACCUGAAAUUAGACCAAUGGCUGUAGCAAUUUAUUUCGGCGAUGCUAAGCCACCAUCUAGCGAAGAGUUUUUGAGACAACAUGUUAAUGAAAUUAAUGUUCUAAUUUUGAAUGGAAUAGAUUUAGCAAACGGAUCACAAAUAUUGAUCAAGGUCAAUGCGUAUAUUGCAGACACCCCAGCUCGGGCAUUUAUCAAAUGCGUCAAGACACACACCGCAUACCAUAGUUGCAUAAAGUGUAAUGUUAUUGGAGAAUUUGAUCGAUCAGGAAAACAUAUGAGCUUUCCUAGAUUAGAUUGUCCACGAAGAACUCAUUUGGAUUUUAUAAGCAAAACCGAUGAAGAUCAUCACUUAUGGGAUUCCAGAACGAUGCAAUACUACCACACCCCUCUUGAGGAAAUUCAAGGCAUUGACAUGAUCAAAAACUUCCCUAUAGCUGAUUCGAUGCAUUUAAUUGAACUAGGUAUUACAAAACGCUGUUUAAAUGGAUGGGUUAAUGGAUCAUACAACUUCCGAACUAAGCUGCCAGCCCAUGAAACGAAUUCUAUAUCAACAUGGCUCAAAAUUGGCAACGACUGGCUACCAUCUGAAAUCACAAGACAGGCUCGAGGUCUCGACACAUUAUCGUUCUGGAAAUCUAUAAAAUACCGAACAUUUUUAUUGUACCUUGGGCCAGUUAUAAUGAAACAUUUUUUGCCAUAUGCGUUUUAUAACCAUUUUUGGUAUUUAGUUUUGGCAACGACGACGAUAUAUUCGUGCGAAGUAUAUAUAGAAGUUCCUACAAUUCUUAACGUUGCUAGAGAUUUGAUGAAUGAUUAUGUGGAAGAAUUUAUAAUUCUAUAUGGAAGUGACUCUAUCAGCUCAAAUGCACAUAAUUUGAUACAUGUUGAUGAUGACGUUCUGAAUUUUGGAUCGUUGCGAAAUAUGUCUGCAUCUCCAUUUGAAAGUACGCUGUAAAGUUUUCAACAUUCAUGUUGUCAAAUGAUCAAAAAAAUAAGUGGUUUUUGACCAAAAACAGUGAGGUCGUUGAAAUGAUACAUGCUACAUCGAAUGGCAACACAAUAAAGAUACAUGGAAGGAAUAUUCUUCGAUUAGACGAUUUUAAUACCAUUCCAUUCUCGU